AUGGAGAGCUUUCUAGAACCCACCUCACAGAGACUGUACAAAUGUCCUGAGUGCGGGAAAAGGUUCAGGAAGACUCCCCUGGAAAUCCACAUGGGAGAGAGGUCGUUCAUGUGUAGUGACUGCAGGAAAGGUUUCAUCAAGAAGAUAACCCUCACUGGCCAGCCGAGGACCCAGAUGGGCAAGAAGCCUUACACGUGUUUGCAGAAGAGCUUCAUCACCGACAGAACCGUGGCCACACACAGGAGGAGGUACCCGGGCAAGCAGCUGUUAGUCUGUGCCCAGUGCAGGAAGAGCUUUACCUGGAAGGAGAACUUCACGAUGCACCAGAGGAGCCACACAGGCCAGAGGCCCUAUGCCUGCAGGGAGCGCUUUGUGCACAAAAAGACCUCUAAGACAUACCGGCUGGUCGACCUGCAGGAAACUCCCCCAUAA